ACUGGACUGACUGAGUGCUGGGGAAAGAUAAAAAGGACCGGCCGUUCGUCUUCCGUUUUCUGUCUUUCCCCAGGAGCCUUUGCACAUCUCACUCUCUCCCUUCUCUCUCUUCGCCCACUGCUCAUCGAGACAAUCCUCCCCUUUGGGACGUUUUGCCUCUUUUCUGUCGUGUCUUUGUUGACCUGAUUGAGGCACCCAUCCCGCAACCCUUGGUGAGAGGCUAUCGCAACCGAGGCAAGUUGCCACAAGACAAUUCUCGGCUUCACACUUUUGUGUCAACACAACCCAACACCGCCAAGAUGAACAAGACGCGCCAGUACAACUGGUUCAUCUGUCUCGUCGCCGCGUCGUGCAUGACGCUCUAUGGCUUCGAUUCUAGUGUUUUCAAUGCUCUCCAAGGCUCAGCCCACUGGCUCGCCUGGUUCAACCUCGAUAUUGAAGAAGAUACCUACAGAAUUGGCUUGAUCAACACUUGCUAUACCAUCGGUGCCAUUGUCAGUGGUUUCUUCAUGGGCGGCCCCAUCGCCGACUUCCUUGGUCGACGAUGGGGAAUGGGCAUUGGAUGCUUCAUUACCAUUAUUGCCGCCUUGAUCCAGACCUUUUCGCCCAAGGGAAAGCUCGGCGUCUUCAUCUUUGGCCGUGUCCUCAUCGGUAUGGGCCAGGGCACAGCUCUGACUGCCGGUCCCGUCUACAUCAAUGAGGUCGUCCCCGCCAGCAUCCGUGGCAAGGUCAUGACCUUUUGGCAGCUCAACUACUCCGUGGGCGCCUUCAUCGCCUACUGGAUCAACUACGCCUGCUCCUUGCACCGCGAGAAGCUCGGCGAGUGGGACUGGCGCAUCCUCGUCAUCUUCCAGAUCCUGGUUCCCAUCAUCAUCCUCGCCGCUCUUCCCUUCCAGCCCGAGUCGCCCCGCUGGCACAUCAAGAAGAACAACAACAUCGAUGCCGCCCGCGCCGCCCUGCGCAGCAUCCGCGAGACCGACGAGGAGGUCGAGGAGGAGCUCCUUGCCAUCCGUGAGGCUAUCGAGUACGAGAAGGAGAUCAUCAGCCCCGGUUACUCGGCCCUCUUCAAGGAUCCCUCUGUCCGCAAGCGAUUCGGUCUCGCCGUCGUCCUCAACGUCGGCCAGCAGCUCACCGGCCAGGGUACUCUCAACACCUACUCUACGUCCAUCUACAAGAAGGUUUGGAAGUCCGAUACGACAAUCAACCUCAUCAACGCGCUGUGGGCCACCUUUGGUAUCCUCUUCACUCUUAACGCGGCCUGGACUGCCGAUCGCUUCGGUCGUCGCUGGCUCUUCAUGGUUGGUGCCAUUGGUAUGGCUCUUUGCAUGAUGCUUGUUCCCGUUAUUAGCAUGGCCACUCCGACCACCGACGGCGUCAAGUCUCAACCCGUGGCCAUCGGUAUUGUCUUCCUGCUUUUCCUCUUCAUCUUCUUUUACAAGCCUUCCUGGGGUGCCACUGUCUGGAUGUGGACUUCCGAGAUUUUCUCUGCCAACGUCCGAUCCCAGGCUAUCGGCAUGGCCUCGCAGUGCCAGAACGUCGCCAACACCAUCUUCCAACAGUUCUUCCCUACCUUCCUCAAGAAGGUGGGCCUCAAGUGUCUCUUCUUCUUUAUGGGAGUCAACCUCUUGCUCUGCGCCUUUGUCUACUUCUUCAUCCCCGAGACCAAGGGUGUCGCCCUUGAGCAGAUGGAUGUCAUCUUUGGUGGCGCCGACCACACUGAGAAGGGUGCCCAGAUUCUUGGCGUCGGUGUUGAGCAGCAGGCCCCGCCUGUUGAGCUGAAGGAUGGUGCGGAGAUUCACGAGUCGGAGCGACGACGUGAGGUUGGUGUCUGAUUUUCCCACUGGAGACGCUUCUGCAGCUGGUGACUGCUCAUUGUGAGUUGGGCGCUUGGACAGAUGGCCUUGUGAGGGUUUAUAUAGUACGAACACGGGGAUAAUCUAAGUAUUUAUUGAAUAUACCCGGUCACAUCAUGCAUGUGCCUCCUU